AUGGGUGACAUCGAGAAGCAGACGGAAAUCCGCGAAAAGAAAGCCCGCAAUGUUAUGCGUGAGCUCAAGAUCCAGAAGCUCUGCCUCAACAUCUGCGUUGGAGAGUCUGGAGAUAGACUGACCCGUGCCGCUAAGGUGCUCGAGCAGCUCACCGGACAAACCCCAGUUUUCUCGAAGGCUCGCUACACCGUCCGUACCUUCGGAAUCCGCAGAAACGAAAAGAUCGCCGUUCACUGCACCGUCCGCGGACCAAAGGCCGAGGAGAUCCUCGAGAAGGGACUCAAGGUUAAGGAGUACGAGCUCUACAAGGAGAACUUCUCCGACACCGGAAACUUCGGAUUCGGAGUCCAGGAGCACAUCGACUUGGGAAUCAAGUACGAUCCAUCCAUUGGAAUCUACGGAAUGGACUUCUACGUUGUCCUCGACCGUGCCGGACGCCGUAUCGCCAAGAGAAGACGUGCCCCAGGACGUGUCGGACCAUCUCACAGAGUCGAGCGUGAGGAAUCCAUCAAGUGGUUCCAACAGAAGUACGACGGAAUCAUUCUUCCACCAAAGCCAAAGGUCAAGCGUACCUUCCACCGUCGCCGCUAA